CCCUCCCGCCCACCUCCUCCUCCCGGCCAGGGGUGUACAGCUGGCAAUUUGCAGACGGAGAAAGUGAAAGGCGGUAAUUGGCUGUUCGGUGGUCCUCUGAACCACAAAUUAACCCCCCUCUGAUUGAAACAUGAAUUAGCGAAAGUGUGGAAUAUCUGCUGUCCCUCAAGAGCCGUUAGGCGUCGUAAAAGUCCCGAUAAUUAGACUGCACCACAUCGGCUGCAUCGGAGUCCACUGGCCGUCUCUUCUGGUGGGGAAAACAAUAAGCCUCCAGCCAUGCCCCCCCACAGCCAGCUGCCCUCCCCCGCCACCCUCCUGUUGGUGCUGUGGCUGUCCGCCUCCACCCUCGCCCAGACCACGCCCGGGACCAGGACCACGCCCACGCCCCCGCCGCUGACCACGCCCCCGGCCCCCACCCCGGCCAAGCCCUCCCCCUCGGCGGCCCACGGCGACCGCCUCAAGUUCCGCCUGGUGGGGUACCCCCGCAAGCACAACGAGGGGCGCAUCGAGGUCUUCUACCAGGGCGAGUGGGGCACCAUCUGUGACGACGACUUCUCCCUGGCCAACGCCCAGGUGCUGUGCCGCCAGCUGGGCUUCGUCUCCGCCACGGGGUGGGCCCACAGCGCCAAGUACGGCAAGGGCCAAGGGAAGAUCUGGCUGGACAACGUGCUGUGCAACGGCGGCGAGAAGAGCAUCGACGCCUGCAAGUCUCGCGGCUGGGGCAGCAGCGACUGCACCCACGACGAGGACGCCGGCGUGGUCUGCAAGGACGAGAGGAUCCCCGGCUUCGUGGACUCCAACGUCAUCGACACCCACGUGGACGAGAACAAGGUGGAGGAGGUGCGGCUGCGAGUGGUGGUGGUGGGCGGAGCCAAAAAGAGGAUGCCCGUGACGGAGGGCGUGCUCGAGGUGAAGCACAAGGACAGCUGGACCCAGGUCUGUGACCUGGGCUGGACCCCCAAGAACACACGGGUGGUGUGCGGGAUGCUGGGGUUCCCCCACGAGAGGAAGGUCAACAAGAAGUUCUACAAGCUGUCCCUGGAGCGGCAGAAGCAUCACUUCCUGGUGCACUCGGUGGCGUGCACGGGCACGGAGGUGCACCUGGCCGCCUGCCCGCUGGAGUUCAGCCGGCCCAACGCCACGACCUGUCCGGGGGGCAUGCCCGCCGUGGUCAGCUGCAUGCCCGGGCCGCUCUUCACCCUCCACAGCAACGCCAAGAAGAAGCUCAAGAUCUCGGCCAACGUGCGGCUGAAGGGGGGGGCCCGGGUGGGGGAGGGCCGCGUGGAGGUCCUGAAGAACAGCCAGUGGGGGACGGUGUGCGACGACCGCUGGAGCCUGCAGUCGGCCAGCGUGGUGUGCAGGGAGCUGGGCUUCGGCAGCGCCAAGGAAGCCCUCACGGGGGCCCGCAUGGGACAAGGCAUGGGCCCCAUCCACAUGAACGAGGUGCGCUGCGCUGGCCUGGAGCGCAGCCUGUGGGCGUGUCCCUUUAAGAACGUCACCAAGGAGGACUGCAGCCACACGGAGGACGCGGCCGUGCGCUGCCACGUGCCCUACAUGGGCCUGGAGGACUCGAUCCGCCUGACGGGAGGACGCACGCGGUACGAGGGCCGUGUGGAGGUCCUGGGCCCCGGGCCCAACCGGACCCACAGCUGGGGCUUGAUCUGCGGGGAGAGCUGGGGCAGCAAGGAGGUCACUGUGGCCUGCAGGCAGCUAGGCCUGGGCUACGCUAACCAGGGCCUGAAAGUGCGGAUUGUGGGCGGGCGGACGAAUUAUGAGGGCCGUGUGGAGGUAGAGGUGGGCCCCCGGUGGGGGACAGUGUGCAGCGCGGGCUGGACCACCAAGGAGGCCAUGGUGGUGUGCAGGCAGCUAGGCCUGGGCUACUCCAUGCACGCCGUCUCUGAAACGUGGUACUGGGACAGCAGCAACGUGACGGAGAUGGUGAUGAGCGGGGUGAAGUGCACCGGGGCAGAGAUGUCGCUGAGCCAGUGUCAGCACCACAAGGUCCUCAACUGCCAGAAGACCGCCGCCAAGUUCGCUGCUGGGGUCAUCUGCUCCGAGUCGGCCUCGGACCUGGUCCUGAACGCGCCGGUGGUCCAGGAGACGGUCUACAUCGAGGACCGCCCGCUCCACAUGCUGUACUGCGCCGCCGAGGAGAACUGCCUGUCCAAGACGGCGGCCAGCGCCAACUGGCCCUACGGCCACCGCCGCCUGCUGCGCUUCUCCUCCCAGAUACACAACAUCGGCCGCUCCGACUUCAGGCCCAAGGCCGGACGCCACUCCUGGGUCUGGCACGCCUGCCACGGCCACUACCACAGCAUGGACGUCUUCACCCACUAUGACCUGCUCACCUCCAAUGGUACCAAGGUGGCCGAGGGACACAAGGCCAGCUUCUGUCUGGAGGACAGCGAAUGCCAUGAAGGGAUCUCCAAACGCUACGAGUGCGCCAACUUCGGGGAGCAGGGCGUGACGGUGGGCUGCUGGGAUCUGUACCGCCACGACAUCGACUGCCAGUGGAUCGACAUCACAGACGUCAAGCCAGGGAACUACAUCCUACAAAUCGUUAUAAAUCCAAACUUCGAGGUGGCGGAGAGCGACUUCACCAACAACGCCAUGAAGUGUAACUGUAAAUACGACGGCCAUCGCAUCUGGCUGCACAACUGUCACACCGGUGAUGCCUUCAGCGAAGAGGCGGAGCGUCUGUUUGAGAAGUACCCGGGUCAGCUCAACAACCACAUCUCUUAACGCGCACCUCGCCGUCUGCGUCGACGUUGUUAGUUUUAUUUUUUUAUUACCUACGUUCGUACAUUUUAUAGGACACUUCUGACACGAGUCAGAAAGAUUUACAUCAAGAAUCCCUUUGGUUGGCCUUGCGACCCGUAUUCCCCACCCCUCACCCCCUCUGAUUGGUUGGUUGUUGUUCCGGUUGAUGACGCCAUGACACUUCAUAUCAUCCAUCAGGGAAUUUUUUUUUAUUAUUUUUUUACAAAGAGUUACUAUACUUGAAUAUUCGAGUGCUACUCUAUUUCUAAACUAGUUUUAAGUUCAACGUAAGCUUAUGCUACGUUUUGUUAAACGACAGGAAUACCUACAACAUGUUUGUUUUGUCCUUGUCCGACUGUGCAGAUGUCUCCUUUGUGAUUGGUUGAGAUGUAGUUUCGUUUUCUUUGUUCCCAUUAAGUUAAACUCAAGAGGGAUAUGAUUAAAAGCUAUCAUUCAAAGGUUUGUUCAAAUGCUCGAAUUCCCUUCCAGAAGGCUGACGAUUUCGGAUUGUGUCUUUUCAUUAGCUGCCGUUGUUUUCUAAAGCCCAUGGUUUAAGGACACAUAUUUUCUGCUUGUAUUUAUUUCUGGGUUGUUUAUCAGCACUUUUGUCAUCUCUUAAAUUCUCCCACAUGCCAUCCACAUCCUCUGUAUGCAUGCCAUGUUAUAUUGGGAAUUAACACAGUCAAACAGCCAUGCACAAUGUAUGCCAUGUAUGUAAAGCAAAUCUAGUCAAAUUUACCUGAAUAAAAAAAAGCAGACUGAUUUCUUGUCAGCCUGCCAAACAUUUUCUAA